GAUGUAUUAUUUAUGAUAUAGAUCUUAUGACGUUUGUGUUGAGGAGGAGUCAAAAGUGGGUGGGCUCCCGCACCCCGACUGUACUUAUAUUGAACCCCCCCUCGUCAAAAGUGUCAGUACUUGUCGUGGUGGUCUGGCCCAGUUAAGGUGUGACGUUCAGGAUGCUUCCAGGUCGGACGGCCUCGGCCCAAACGUCACUUUGGCUCUUGGUGGUCUUUUCGCUUCACAGCUCGGCGCUGAGCACCCGCAAUGCUUCCGGGCUUUCCCCGCGGACGUUCUCCGGCCACGCUGAGGACGACGCGGCCGUGUCGGAGUUGGACAGCCUGAGCGACGUCGCCGGCUCCGGUUCCCAGCCCGAACCGGUCCGAAGACACCGCGGCUCGCCCCGCCGUCAUCCUCCCGGCCGCUACCUGAUCUCAGAGGAGGCCAAGCGGUUCCUGCGUAGCUGGCUGACCACCACCUUCGUCCCCACGGUCUACACCGCCGUCUUCGCGGUCAGCGUGCCGCUCAACCUGGUCGCCGCGGUGAUGUUCGUGCACCCGGUCCGCCCGAGAAAGCCCGCCGUCAUCUACAUGCUGAACCUGGCAUGCGCCGACCUCCUCUUCGGCCUGCUCCUCCCCUUCAAGAUCGCUUACCAUUACCAAGGCAACAACUGGAGCUACGGCCCGUUCAUGUGCCGGGUCGCGACCGCCGCGUUCUACUGCAACAUGUACUGCUCGGUCCUGCUCAUGGCGUGCAUCGGCACCGACCGCUUCCUGGCCGUGGUCUACCCCAUGAACUCGCUCACGUGGCGCAGCCGCCGGACGGCGUGGGCCGUGUGCGCCGCCAUGUGGCUGCUGGCCCUGGCGGGGGCGGGGCCUCUCCUGGCCUCGGGGCAGACGGCGUACCUGCCCCAGCUGGACAUCACCACCUGCCACGACGUGCAAGAUUCCGAGAAACUGAAAUCCUACUAUCGCUACUUCUUCCCCGCCUACUGCUCCGUGUUCUUCUUCAUCCCUCUGGUCUUGACGGCGGGGGCCUACGUGCGCAUCAUCCAGGCCUUGGCGGCCGCCAACGUGGAGAACCGUUCCAAAAAGACUCGGGCGGUGGUGAUGGCGGCGCUCGUGCUUGCGGUGUUCGUGGUCUGCUUCGCCCCCGCGAACGUCAUUCUGAUGCUCCACUACGUCGAGGUCCACCACAAGUCCGCCGACGCCUCCUACCGAGCGUACCUGCUCGCCACCUGCGCCGGGAGCCUCAGCUGCUGCCUGGACCCCCUCCUCUACUACUUCGGCUCGUCUCGCUGCAGGAAGCGGGUGCUGGCGCUGCUCGGGUGCCGGCGUGCGGACCGGAGGCCGAGCAGCUCGCGCACGCAAACCUCCAGAAUCAGCGAGCGGCGGGACGGCCAAGAGUCCGGCAAAAUGGAGGUCGUUCAAAGUGGCUCUGGGACCCAGUACUUGCAUUUUCAAACACUGAUCUGCUGUGAGAGAGGCUGCGAGGGUUGCGUUCUUACUGAACUGCAGGAUGUAUCGACCGGCGACGUCGCGGUUCCGGAAGGUGUCCGUCCACAGCAGGCAGUCGGAGCAAGUCCUCAGGAUGUGGCCUUUGUGCUCCGAGAGGUUUUCUUUGGGAAACGCGCAUUAUUCACAUUGAGUAUGCGCAUUUCUAUCACAAAAAAAUGUAGUCCGGUGCUCUCACCGGCACAAUCAACGAGAGAAUUUAACAAAACAAACAACGAUCUGACAGUCAGACUAAAAACUGAGCAUUCAUCCAUUCAUCCAUUUUCUACCGCUUUUCCAGGUCAGGUCGUGGGGGAAUUAGCUUCAGCAGGGAUACCCAGACUUCCCUUUCCCCAGCCACUUCUUCCAGCUUUUCCGGAGGGAUCCCGAGGUGUUCCCACGCCAACCGAGAGACAUAGUCUCUCCAGAGUGUCCUGGGUCGUCCCCGGGGUCUCUUUCCGGUGGGACAUGCCCGGAACACCUCACCAGGGAGGCGCCCAGGAAGCAUCCUUUAGUCUAAUUUGA